AAUUUUUAUUAAACAAGAAGAGUCGGCAGGUAGGGAGGCAGGAAGAUUCUGUUGGAGUUCUGAGGGGGAUGGGGUGUGGACAGCCAUCCAGAUGAGUGGGCACGCGGUGUGACCGGGGAAAUGCAGAGUCCCUCCGCAGCUCUAGAGGCCUCCUGGAGGUUUGUAAGCAGUAAUUCGGUGACAGUCGUGUCAGCAGCUGCUUUGUUUUCCUCUAGCCCCUUCAACCUGCCCUGAGCCCUUCCGGAGUCGCGGGCGGGGCGGGGCUGGGGCUUCCCCAGAUAAGGAGAAAGGACGUGCAGAGGACCAGGGGGUGCCGGAACCCCGGAGAAGCUAAUGAUGGAGCCCGGAAUUUACGCUGGGUAAAGAGGGGCGCUAACAAAAGCAGCGGGACAGGAACGGGGAGUUCGGCGAAGGUGAAGAAUCGUCGGAGCUGGAAGGGCAGCAAGAGGUCAAAGGCUGCCUGAACUGACCCGAGAGGCACGGUGCCUAGCGACAGUUAGUUACCAGUGACUAGCGAGUUCUGGGUGUGGCUCCGGGACCAGUGUCUAGCUGGUGAGUGGAGACGGAGAAGAAGCAAGGGCCUAGCGGGAGUCACCUGCGGACGCUGGAAACACCGCGAGUCGUAGGUCGGCAGCUGGUUUGCUAGUAUUUCUGCGAAACCCUCGCCCCCGACCUCACUCGGCGCACACUGAUGAGCAUCGACUCGUGAUUACCGGACAGUGACCCGAACGGACAGUAGGGUUCGCAGAUUGAUAGACGUUUGGCGCAGAUAUAGGACGAAUGAUCCAGGCUGUUCGGGUCGAAGAACGAAAGGAACGGAUCACAGCGCCCACGCGCGUUCUCGGGAGAGGAGGGGCGAGGUCCACGGGCGUAGGGUCCGGCCUGUCGCACUCCCUGCCAACCUGCCGUGGUUAGAACCGCGCCGGAUUCAUAACAGGUGCUCAACACACGUGAGCUCAACCCCGGAAAUGGAUGCGCGAACCUCCGUCUCUACUCACCGCGCCUGCGCGGGAGCCACGCGUGCGACCAUUCCGCGCGCUCUGCGCCUGCGCAACGUCUUCCCGCACAGCGCCUGCGAGGCUCCCGGGCCGCUUCGCCGCACUAGGUUUGAGCCCUGCAAGCCCCGGUAGCACGGCGGCGGCGCCGUCCCGGCCUCCUCCUCGGCGUUCCCACGCCCACUCGGCGGGCUCUCGACCUCCACGUCAGGGCCGCGCCGCGGAGAUGGCGGCUCAGAAGAUAAACGAGGGGCUGGAACAUCUGGCCAAAGCAGAGAAAUACCUGAAAACUGGUUUUUUGAAAUGGAAGCCGGAUUAUGACAGCGCCGCUUCUGAGUAUGGAAAAGCAGCUGUUGCUUUUAAGAAUGCCAAACAGUUUGAGCAAGCAAAAGACGCCUGCCUGAAGGAAGCUGCGGCCCAUGAGAACAACAGGGCCCUUUUUCACGCUGCCAAAGCAUACGAGCAAGCUGGCAUGAUGCUGAAGGAGAUGCAGAAACUCCCGGAGGCUGUUCAGCUGAUCGAGAAGGCCAGCAUGAUGUACCUGGAAAACGGCACCCCGGACACGGCCGCCAUGGCCCUGGAGCGGGCCGGGAAGCUGAUAGAGAAUGUAGAUCCAGAAAAGGCUGUGCAGUUAUAUCAGCAGACAGCCAACGUGUUUGAAAAUGAAGAGCGCCUGCGGCAGGCCGUUGAACUCCUAGGAAAAGCCUCUCGGCUGCUGGUGCGCGGGCGCAGGUUUGAUGAGGCAGCACUCUCUAUUCAGAAAGAAAAAAACAUUUAUAAGGAAAUUGAGAAUUAUCCAACUUGUUAUAAGAAAACAAUCGCCCAGGUCUUAGUGCAUCUGCACAGAAACGACUAUGUGGCGGCUGAGCGCUGUGUCCGCGAGAGCUACAGCAUCCCCGGCUUCAAUGGCAGCGAGGACUGCGCUGCCCUGGAGCAGCUCCUGGAGGGCUACGACCAGCAAGACCAGGACCAGGUGGCCGAGGUGUGCAACUCGCCGCUGUUCAAGUACAUGGACAACGAUUACGCAAAGCUGGGCCUGAGCCUGGUGGUCCCAGGAGGAGGCGUCAAGAAGAAGGCAGCAGCCCCCCCGCAGGCCAAACCUGAAGGCACCACUGCCCCCGCCGCCGAGGAUGAGGAGGACGAGUACGCUGGGGGGCUGUGCUAGGCUCGGCCCUGCCCGCACGACUCACACCCCCGGAUUCCUCGGAGGGCGGCUGGACUCAUGGGGUCCUGGCUCUGAUGCUGUAAGACAAGUCCUCGUUCCUGGUUCCCGGACCACUGCCCUGCCCGCUGCCUGCAAGCAUUUCCUUUCUUUCCCUGACAAGAGCUCUUCUCAGACACCAGCAGGAAUUGACAGAGAAACAUCCCAUCACGUCAUAGGUGAUUUUAAAAUUGGCAAAUCCAUUUCUCAACAGACUUGUUCUAAACAAAAGGGGUAACAUGCAUGGACAUUCUUUUCUCUUGGGCUCGUGUCAUUUAUUGUUAGAGAAGUUGUUUGCAUUUUAUUUCAUAAUUGCUGCUAAAAGUGAAGUUUACUGGUUAAACAAAGUAAUACUGUAAACAUUUGUUUUCAAAAGGAGAUUUAUGCCCCGUGAUAAUUAGAGACAUUUAAGUUAUUAAACCUUCAGAUGGAGUGUGGGCCAGAGGCUGUUCUGAGCCUUACAACAUUGCUUCUCCCAGAAUAAGACCCAGCUGGAGUGUCACGUGGACGCUGAACACUCUGACGGGGGCAUGUCCCAGGGCUCUCUGCACGUCUCCAGUCCUCCCUGGAUCGUGGGCAUUUCCUCCUGAAGCUCAGUGACUGUGUCUUCACCCGCCAGGUUGUUGACCGACCUUAGUCCCGCAGACCUGUCCUCCCUCUGAGGACCUCGGCUCAGUGCAGAGGUGCUCUCUGUAAACCUCCCGCGUGUGGCUGAGAGAGCAGGACUGGCUGCACAUGUGGGGUGCUGGUGUGUGGUUCCUUCCCGGCCUCUCCUGACGGGUUGUCUUCAAGGUGUUCUCUGCGUGAGCUCAGCCCUCUCUCCUGGUGGGAAGAAGCCCAGACGCUGCAGUGCAGCUCAUGCCACCGCCUGGCCUCCUGGGCUCAGGUCUGCUGGCUUUCCGGGAACACGGAGGUGGUAUCAUGGGAGGUGAAGGUCACCCUGGGCUCUGGGAGGGUCCAGGGAGUGUCCUUGUGGGGCGGGUGGGUGGUAGAUGAACUCUUUCUGGAAGGUCUGGGUCAGAACACUAAUGAGCAUCCUCCUCCGGGCCCCCCCCACCCGGCACCCAGGUGGUCUGCGGGCAGUGGCUCUUCCCAGCCCUUGUUUGGGGACACUGGUCUCUGUAGCAUCGUGCUCAGUGACGCGUUAAUAGUGCACACCUGUCCUUGCUGCUGUGCCCUCCACAUCCAGCCACCCUCCAGGAGUCACCUUGAUGUGCAUUUGAGCUCGUUCACAGCCAUCUCAGCAGAUUCGGCCACACCUAGAAGAUGCUCUCAACCGCACUGGGUAGACUGUUACCCAGUGCAGCCUUGGAAGAAAGGCUUCACUUCUACUCUUUUCUUUCAUAUUAAUAGAACAAAAAUGCGUACUGAGCCGGGGGUGUCCUGCAGGGCUUGGGGGCUUGUGGGGCUUGGGGAGUGGGCCUCCCAGUGCAGGGGGCUGGAACCCGGGCAUCCCUGACUAUCCCCACCCCACCCCCAUGGGUUAUGGCACGUGCGGGGCAGGUGGCUGUUCCCCUGACAUCAGGGCUUCCUGCCUGGGGCCUGGUGAGAAGUGUCUCCUCUUGCUGUUCUCAGGCGCACUCAGGAGCAGGGAGUGGUGGUCCCAGCAGGGAAAGGGGUUCUGAGCUCAUGUGGCCCCUUUCCCGGAGUGGGGUCUGUGUGCGCCUUCUCAGAGCCCAGCAGUCCCCAUGCUGUCUUGUGUGAGUGAACCAGUCUGCAGAGUCUAAUAUAUUGAACUUAACUGUACAUAUGCAGAGUGUGGUAUUUGUGUAUGAAACUGUGCUUUAUUCCUGUUUUUUUCCAGCUUUGAUGAAUGAUAUUAAAUGUUAUGGAAAUGCCGAUUAUUGCUUCUAUGGGAAGAUAAUUACAAAAAUAAAAUCUGAAACCAUGCAA